AUGGUCGAUAGCGGUGUCCCCCAGGGUUCAGUACUGGGACCCAUUUUGUUCCAUAUCUACGUGGACGAUGCCGCAAGAGAUUUAGACUGUGAAGUAGCAAUGUUUGCGGAUGACAUGAAGAUAUGGAGUGUAAUUCGUGGUCCUGCCGAUGAAGACAGACUGCAGAUGAACCUGAAUCGGUUGGAGGAGUGGUCAAACCGUUGGCUCCUGCGGUUCAACGUUGCCAAAUGCAGCAUACUUCGCCUAGGCAACACAGCCAGAUCCGCCAGCACAAGAGGCUACUUUCUGGGCGGUGCAGCCCUACAAGAGGUCGAAGCCCAAAAGGACCUCGGUGUGCUUACGACGAGUUCCCUAAAACCAUCCGCCCACUGUUCGAGGGUGGCAAAAACCGCAAUGUCCGUACUGUACGCCAUCAAGCGUGCGUUUAUGGACUUUGACGAAGAAGCUUUCUCUAAGACAUUCGGAACAUUCGUCCGGCCGAAUUUAGAGUACGGCAUACAAGCUUGGAGGCCGUGGGCUGUUGUGGAUCAAAACUGCCUCAAAAGAGUCCAGAGGAGAGCCACGAGGAUGGUCAGGGGUCAAAGCUCCUUUCCUUAUGCGACCCGCCUAGUAAAUCUGAACCUCUUUCCUUUGAGUUACAGGCAACUUCGCGGAGAUCUCUUGCAAGCCUUCCGCAUUGUAAAGGGGUUGGACUGCAGUCUGGCCUUCGAGGACUUUUUUGAAUUUGCUACCACGACCAACCUCCGAGGUCACCCGUUAAAACUGCGCACUCAGCAGGCACGGCUGGAUGUGCGGAAGUUCUCCUUCUCGGUUCGGGUGGUCAAACCGUGGAAUGAGCUUCCCGCAGCUGUUGUGAUGUCACCAUCUAUACAAAAUUUUAAGAAGAAUCUGGACAUAUUUAUGGUCCGAAAUGACCAAGAGCGAUGA